GAAUUUUCAGUUGACAUUGAGACAGCGAGUCAUUCAGCUAAUAAAAAUGAAAUUCCUAAUAUAUCAGAACUCAAUUUAACAGAGAAUAAAAUAUUAAAAGUUGUUUCUGAUGAUGAAAUACAACUAGCGUUGUUUCAGUUUGCAAAAAACAACGAUAUAGAAGGUGUUACAAAGUACAUCAAAGACCAUAAAUCAGAAAUAGCAAAAAUUAUAGAUACAUACGGUUGUGCUAAUAAGUACAUAGAUCAGGCACACAAAUUUGCUUACGAUAACUGUAAUUUUCAUUUUGCAUGUGCAUACGAACUAGCAAUGGAGGAAAUUGACGAUAAUGCUUUUUCUGUAGAUUAAUUGACACAUCUGUGUAAAGAUGAAGUUUAUUAAAGAUAUUGCAUAUAAAUAUAAUAUAUAUAAUAUUUAUUAUACUUCUUUGUAUUACUUCUUUUACUUUUACAUUUUUUGUUCUUGUGUUAAAACUUCUUUUAUAAAUAACAGUUUUAUUUUUUAAAUGUUUUGCAUUUGUAAAACUAUGUGUUACAAUUUUAUAACAGUUACAGUUUUCUAAAAAUUUAGUUUUAAUUGACUUUACCCACGGUGAGAGUUAAGAUAAUCUGUUUUUGAUAUCAUUCAGGGUAUUGUUAAAAUAGUGCUGUCCAUUGGUAAUAUUUUUGGUGUUUUUCAUUUUUAAAAGAUUGCUAAAGCAACCUUUAAAAAUUUAUAUAAAAUGUAAGAUGGUUA